AAUAUCGAAUUUUUAUUAAAAAAAAGCCGACCGGUUUAGUAUGUCUGAAUUUAGACAGGAGAUUAUUCGGUUUAUCAAAGCAUUUGGUCUGUGUGGGGCAAAAGCAAAAUCCAUUCCCAGAGCUACAAAACCAUUUUAGGUAACAGCUCGUGUAUUCAAGAAAGGUCUCAUCAUAUGAUAAACCUAUGGCAUAUGCAACAGGAAUGACGCUUGCUUCAAGGAGUCUCAUCCCUAUUUGUUCGAAAACCUUCUUAUCUCCCUUACGUGUGGCUUCUUUACUCAGUUUUCCUGAGAAAUCCUCCUCCACUACUUUCUUCAGAAGGCUCCAAGUUCAUCACCUUUUCUCCACUUCUACAACUCCUCUCUUCUCGCCUGUUAAGUGUUCAACUCUUGAGGCAGAAGUUCAAGCUGUUUCUCGCCCUAAUGUAGUCGAUAUACUCCAAGAAAGAGGGCUACUGGAGUCAGUCACCAGCGAGAAUCUCAGGUCUGCUUGUUCUGAUCCCAACGUAGCUCCUCUAAAGGUCUACUGCGGGUUUGAUCAAACGGCUGAGAGUUUACACUUGGGUAACCUGCUUGGUAUCAUUGUGCUUUCUUGGUUCCAGAGAUGUGGACACCAAGCCGUUGGUUUGAUCGGUGGUGCCACUGGAAGGGUCGGUGACCCAUCUGGUAAAAGCCUUGAGAGACCUGAGCUUGAUGCCAAUACACUGGAGAAGAACAUUGCCGGGAUUAAAAACAUCAUCGUCAAGAUUCUGAGCGGUGGCAAUCCGAGUUCUUCUGGUAGCUCUUACGUGAUUUUUAAUAACUAUGACUGGUGGAAAGAUAUGACGAUGCUCGACUUUCUGAAAAACGUUGGUCGGUUUGCGAGAGUUGGACCAAUGAUGGCGAAGGAGAGCGUGAAGAAGAGAUUAGAAUCUGAGCAAGGUAUGAGCUACACUGAGUUCAGCUAUCAGUUACUGCAAGGCUAUGACUUCGUUCACUUGUUCGACAAGGAAGGGGUUAAUGUUCAGAUAGGUGGGAGUGAUCAGUGGGGUAACAUAACAGCUGGAACUGAUCUGAUACGUAAGAUUCUCCAGACCGAAGAAGCUUCUUACGGGCUAACGUUUCCUCUCCUGCUGAAAAACGAUGGGACUAAGUUCGGGAAGUCUGAAGAUGGAGCCAUCUGGCUAUCUCCUUCCAUGUUGUCACCUUAUAAGUUCUAUCAGUACUUCUUCUCAGUUCCAGACGUUGAUGUGAUACGCUUCUUGAAAACGCUAACUUUCCUGAGUUUGGAUGAGAUAAAGAUGGUGGAAGAUGAGAUGAGGAAGCCUGGUUAUGUCCCUAACACCGCGCAAAUGAAACUGGCUGAAGAAGUAACACGGUUUGUACAUGGUGAAGAUGGUUUGAAGGAAGCAAUCAAGGCAACCGAGGCUUUAAGACCAGGGGCUGAUAUAAAGCUUGACUGGAACUUGAUCGAGAGAAUUGCAGAGGAUAUACCAACUUGCUCACUGCCUAUUGAUAGAGUCUCCGGUGUUUCCAUUGUUGAUGUGUUGGUUUCUGCAGGGUUGUUUGAGAGCAAGUCUGCAGCAAGGAGAACGUUGAAGCAAGGUGGGGUUUAUAUGAACAAUGAGAGAGUUGAUGAUGAGAAUAAGAGAGUUGAAGAAGAUGAUAUUGUUGAAGGGAAAGGUCUUGUUCUCUCUUCAGGCAAAAAGAACAAAGUGGUCAUCAGAAUUUCCUGAUUUUUUUCUUUUUAUAAAAAAACUAUAUUAUUUUGUUAUGCAUUGGCACUGAAUCAUUAAUAAGUUUAUGAUUUUGAAACUA